ACGCAACCUUACUGUCAUCGUCAACGUCAACCUAGUUUCCGGUUGUCUCGAUUCUCUUUCUUUUCCCGUCAUCUGUGAUUGAAGAAACUGCACACUUUUUGUGUCAGGUUUAAAAAUCAAUCAAUUUCAGUAAUAAUUUAUUAAAAUGGCCAAGCGUACCAGGAAAGUCGGAAUCGUCGGUAAAUAUGGUACCCGUUAUGGUGCCUCUCUGCGUAAGAUGGUGAAGAAAAUUGAAAUCACCCAACACGCCAAGUACACCUGCACAUUCUGCGGAAAGGAUGCAAUGAAGCGUUCCUGCGUCGGAAUUUGGUCCUGCAAGCGAUGCAAGCGCGUCGUCGCCGGCGGUGCAUGGGUGUACUCGACCACUGCCGCUGCCUCGGUGCGAUCGGCUGUCCGUCGUCUGCGCGAAUUGUAAACUGAAAUUUGAACUAUCAAAUGAGGUUGAUAAGGAGUGUAAAUUAUUUUACAUUAUCGCACUCUCAGCAACUCUGGUUCUGUGCUUAGGCGGUACCUGUCACAAGUGUGGAGUGAAGUAAUAAAGGUGAAAAGAUUGAAAACUGGAAAGAGAA